GGUACAUCGACCUUGAUCCUCAACUGUGAAGUCUCACCUCACUUCGCAACACCUCGUAUCCCGCAGUGGAUGCUCUUCAUACGCUGCUCCAGAUCUGCAAGCCCAUUUGUACUCGUGACCAUCAUCCGCCGCGUCUCUCUCCAAGCAACAUACAAGAUGGCCUCUACCGGCCCCUUCGCCUCCGCUUCCACCUCCUCCACUCCCUUCUCAUCCAAACCACGCACCUUCCCACCUCCAUCACAUCGUCGUCCCCAUACUCAAGCUCAAUCUCCCCCAAAAGGACAAGGGCAAGACGAUGCCUGGAAAUCUGCCCUCACACGCUACGCAAAAUCUCCCGACCCUGCCUCUCUACCCAAGGAAGAAGUGCUUCAUUGGGAUGAACAGACGAUUACUAUUUACGAUGGUUAUGAAAAGGCAAAAUAUCACUUCUUGUGCUUGCCAAGAAUCCCUUUUCGGCUAAAGGGGCGAAAGGGUGCGGCAGUGGGAUCGGGAAGAGAGGAGAAGCAGGAGGAGCAGGUACCACCACUGCGGAUAACACCACAAAAGGGAGGAGCCGAUUCGGGUAAUUGGCGCAGCAGAGGUCCAGCUACACCUCCAGCUCCAGCUCCAGCUUCGUCUACAGAAACGCCAAAACCUAUCCUCUCUACUGCAGGUGGAAAGCUGGCAUUUGGCACCUCUUCGAAGAACGCGGCAGGAAAUGGAGCAGAGACGGUUCCACCUUCGCACCUUGCGAGUUUGAGCGAUCUACUUCGGAGUCCUUAUGCUGGCGAGGUGCUGAGUGCUUUAGAGAAGGCAGCUUAUAAAACUGCCGAAAUAGUCAAGGAGCGCAUGCCCAGCACUCCCCUGGGCCCCCAACCCCUCGACGCUACCCACCCACCGCUCUUGGCGAACUGCGUCUGGGAUACCCACAUCGGCUUCCACGCCGUCCCCUCGAUGGACACCGUUCACCUUCACGUAAUCUCCUCGGACCUAGUCGCAGAACGUCUACGACACAAGAAGCACUACCUCUCUUUCCAUCCUCGUGUAGGAUUUUGGUUACCACUGGAUGAGGUGAUGGAGAUGCAGAAGAGGGGAAAGAGAGCAUUACCAAGGGCGCCUCAUUACUAUGAGAGGAUGUUGAGAGGACCACUGGUGCCGCUUGAUUGGUCACCAUCCCCGCCAGGAGCGCAAGGGGCGGGUGGAACCUCGGCGGGAUCGGAGGGGGAGACGUACAAGACCAUGCCUGAAUUGAAGCGAUAUCUCGAGAAGCGCUGGAUCGAGGAGAUGCAUGCUCGACAAGGAGCUACAAGAGGCACUGUAGAGCAUGUUCCUACCCCUGUGGUGAAACAAGCCAGUGGGGAGAAGGCAGACGCAUCUCAGCAGCCACCCCCGAUCAAGGCGCAGCAGACUUUAUCUGGUAGCGGGAGUGAAACGGAGAGCGAGACAGAAAGUGAAGGACGUCAGGAGUCGUAGAGCACCAAGCAAUGAACGCGAUUUUGGGCACACGAUCUAAUGCGAUGUUUUUAGGAGAGACGCGUAGAUGAGAGAGAUAGUAAUUCUGGGAUAGAUGUGUACAUUAGACGAUAAUGAAAGGCCACGGCUGCUUUCCUGCUU